AUGCCGAAUCCGGCAAGCAACCGCGACGGCUCAAUUAAUUACGAGGACGGGAUUUCCAUUACGCCCCAUUGCAAAUGGCAGUCGUUAAAGGAAGGCGGGUCGGACCGGGCUGAGCCGUUAGUGCCUUUGGACCAUCGUUUGAUCGAAGCUCGUGGAAUGGCAAGCAUCACGACUGCAUUGACGGAUGAGAACAUAAGAAAGUACCUCACAGCAGUCUUGAAGUCAUCGUACCCUCCCGACCGAAGACCAAACGUACUCAAUUACAUUGACACGUUGAGUCCUUAUCUGAGGAACUACCAAACUAAAAACUGCAUUCAAGAUCUGCUCCAGAAGAAGACACGAAACUCACCAUAUAGCCGAGAGGAAGGAUUAGGAGCCGUCGUCCUUAUUAAUUCCCGGAAAGGAAUCAUAAAAUGUUUGAUCGAUCCGCAUGCCCUACAUACCAAAGAUGACAGUUCCUUGGGAAAGCGGAGAAAAGAUGAGAAAGAGGAGACACUGUCUAAUCGCCGGAACAAGAACCUAGCCGUCACAGGCGGAGGACCAGUCGACGAGUUCGAUUCGAAGGCGAUGACGACGCCGCCACCUCCGCCGCGCUCCGGCUUAUGGGCAGGUGUUAAUAAGCGUAGGCCCGAGGUGGUACCCGCCGCUGGUCCGCCGUCGGUGCAGGCACCACCGUACAUCUUGUCCGAAAGCUGUGCUACCGGCUCAGAAGAUGUGAACGAAAGUCAGGAUCUUGAUCGCAUUCGAGGCUCGUACGAACCUCCGUUACCAGCGAUGAACAAUGACACGUCAGCGUUCAGCAGACGUUUCGAUGAAAGGGUGUACGCGAAGAGCAGGUCCUCGAAGUUCAGUGCCCGAGCGAGGGCCGAAAUGAGGCGUUUGAGGCGAGUGUCGGACAGCAGCACGGCGUCUGAGAUCGACGAAGCGUCGGCGAUGUUCCUUCGGGAAAAGCAGGCCUUCCUGAAGGUGUCAGCUACGCAUCCGAGCACGGCUACUGAAUCAGCCACCGCCAAUGAGCUGCUCUCCGGGGAACUGCAGAUCAAGCUGUCGACUACUAGCACCGAAGGUGAUUCCGAAGAAGAAGACCACUGCUACGGGUCGAGCAAAGAGUCGGCGAUGGGCAACACGAACCACAUGAGCGAUUCGACCUGCUUCGACGAGAUGUACAGCAUUUCGCAGGCGAACAAGUUUGUUCCCCCUCCAAGUAUGAGUUCGCUGACUUCAAAGCUGCCUCCUCCCACACCUCCAAAGCCUAGACAGGAGGCGACGCCAUCGAUAUCCUGUGUUAUUGCUACCUCUACGCCUUCGUCAACCCGGAAUAUCACUACGCGUCUGACCUCAAUGAAAAACCAUGUUUCGUCGACCCCGACGACUCCUUUGGCAACAGAGAGUAAAAAAUCGCAGAGACCUCAGUACUCAAGUGGCAGCAUCCGGUUGGACUUGGAUGAACCAUCUGAUGUAUCGCGAAUCAGUGUCCAUACGUCUGCAAGCACUUCGAAAGAGGCGUUGAUUAUGAAAAACCAUUUUGGCGACAUCCCUGACUUCCUCUACGACUCGCACGCCGCCUCUCCAAGGAUUAUUAAAAAUGACUACAGUUAUCCAGCCUCUCCAGUAAUAAAGCGCCCUGAAAAACGAGAAGCAAAUUCUCUGAGAGUUUCUUCUUUCAGGGAGAAGGUCGCACAUUCUCUUCGCAACAUGCUUCACAAGGAUCGCCACACGUGCGACCGUAAUCAGUCAGAAUACAAGACAUAUGAAAGCCAACCCCGGCAUUUACCGUUAGCCGAUGUCGCAUUGAACACGGGUCACUGCUACGACAGCUGUCCCCGUCUGACAAAUCUGAGACGCUGCGAUUUCUGUGAUUCGUCAGGACGCACCCCGGUAUCGUACCGAGACGAGGGCACUCAGUAUCGCAGUUCAGACCUUGCCGAUGAUCAUCAAGCGGAAAGACUUCGGCAGGACGUUAAAAUCCAGACCUCAGAGCAUCGCUUCGACAUUCCUCAACGUAACACAUCACCGCAUUCGACCGAUCGCUUGAUGCACAUGAACACGCUGAACGACGCAUGGCGAAAUUAUGUGGCCGUUGGCUACUCUUCAGUGGACGACUUCCGCACCCUGUCAUUGGCCCGUAUGGAAAUCGGCCACGCACUGGAUUCCCUGAAGGCACUGAUGGAAUCAGAAGCCGCCAACUGCUUGUGUGAAAUCAGCACAGGCCACAUUCGCCGAUGUUACACCAUUCUGCAGAACGUCAACGACCUGUUGUUUUGCCAAGCCUAUUCGAGGCCUCUCCUAACGAGGUCUUCGACACUGUCUUCGAUGAAUGAGCCGACAGCCGAGCCGUGGAAGUCUACCCUGAGACACUUCUCGAAAGAACCAUCCCCACCCAUGUCGUUCAUGGAAAUCGAACGACUCCUCAUCCGGCUACGACGAUGCCUCGUCGAUACCGCCUUCAGUAAUGCAAUGCGUGACUUUGAAUACUUGUCGCAUACGUAG